AUGUUGGAUCCGAUCAAGGUCGACGACGACAACUACAUGGACGUCGCGUCCAGCGUCAACAGCUGGAUCCACCGUGUCCUCAAAUGUCAAGUCAAGGCGCUCCGGAGAUCCUGCGUGUUCGCUGAUGAUUCGAAUUACCGCCACCAAAUUUGGGUUUCUCUGCGGCUGGAGGAAGUGUACUUCAGGACUCCCCUGCUGGAGAGCAUGCCAGAGCUGGUGGAAGCAUAUUAUAUUUUCAGAAGGGAUUUGAGAUGGUGCCCCACAUUUUCCAAGUUGAAGAGCCUGGUUGAACACAAAUAUAAAGUGGAAAUCAAACACAAAUAUAAAGUGGAAAUUAAAGGACGCCCUGAUGCAACAAAUAGGUCAACUAUAAUAUCACAAUACCUUCAGAUUGUCGAGGUCAAAUGUGGAAUGGUCGAUGAAAGAAUUCUCAGCAUUCUGAAUUUUCGGGGUACAUAUGACAUAUGUAAGAAAACGGCUAACACUGGUUUUCUCCUAUGCUUCUAUGUUUUAUAG